UUUCUCGUUUUAGCUACGACAUAUAUACUAUGCACAUAUCUUACUACGUCCAAUAAUUUAUCUCCAUUGAUUUUCUGUCAAUUAAGUUCUCUUGUGUCACGUUUGAUCAUAUGUCAAUUACGUUAUUAGCAAAGCCAAUUACAAAUUUACACCAAACUUACUCAUUUUGAUUUUCUACCCUUCUAGGGGACAACAUAAACGACACCUUCAUGGCUGCCUCUUCUCUUUAAAAGAACGUCAAAAAACAGUAACACAGCCAUCACGCCGUCAUUUGGUGGGUUGGUUUUGAUUUAUAAACCCAACCAAAAAAAAAAAAGAUGAUGAACUCAAUCAUAUUGCAUUUGGUGGUAGGCAUUGUCGCAGGGUUCGCAUUGGGAUUGGUUCUAGGAAUUGGAGUGGUCUGCUGCCUCAGAAUCCGAAGAAGAAGGUGCAGAAGGAUACAAUCACAGAGGUCCAUUUCAGCGCAGAGAGAAAAAGCACCCAAAUUACCAGUCAAGGCAGUGAGUAACAAUGGCGUUGACUCCAGCAACACCAACACCACAGUCUCUGAGUUCUCCAACUUUGGCCAAGACUCGCCCAGAACUUCGGAGUGGACCAACAGUGAUUUACUGGGUUCUGUUGGCAGAGAUGUACAGAAGGCGACUUAUAAUUUUACGACAGCUAUUGGGCAAGGAGCGUUUGGGCCUGUUUACAAGGCCCAAAUGAGCACUGGUGAGACUUUUGCUGUCAAAGUUCUGGCUGCUAAUUCCACGCAAGGCCAAAACGAGUUUUUGGCUGAGGUUCUCUUACUUGGAAGAUUGCACCACAAGAGCCUUGUCAACUUGGUGGGAUAUAUGGCAGAAGUAGGGCAGCAUAUGCUGCUCUACAAGUACAUGAGUAAUGGCAGUCUGUUUUCUCAUUUACAUGGGGAUAAUCGCAAGCCAUUGAGCUGGGAUUUGAGAGUUGACAUAGCUCUUGAUAUUGCAAGGGGAUUGGAAUACCUACACUAUGGGGCUGUUCCUUCUGUUGUGCACCGCGACAUCAAGUCUUCCAACAUACUGUUGGACCGGUCAAUGAGGGCCAGGGUUGCUGAUUUCGGGCUUUCAAGACAAGACAGGAGCAAACUUCGUUCAUCUAAUAUCAGGGGAACAUAUGGAUAUGUUGAUCCCGAGUAUGUAUUGACAAAGACAUAUACUAAGAAAUGCGAUGUUUAUAGUUUUGGAGUGCUGCUGUUUGAAAUUAUUACAGGCAGGAACCCGCAGCAGGGUCUUAUGGAAUAUGUGGAACUUGCGACAAUCGACACGGAAGAUAAACUGGGGUGGCAAGAGAUUGUGGAUUCUCGUCUUGAUGGAAGAUUCAAUGUAGAACAACUCGUUAAUGUUGCUGAUCUUGCUUACAAAUGUGUGAGUAGUCUGUCGAAAAACCGGCCUUCCAUGAGGGACAUUGUACAGAGCCUAUCAUGGAUUUUGAUGAUGAAACAUGACACGGAGAACUACAAGCAGACCUCAAACGAUGCAGCUGAAGAAACCUACAUUGAAAUAGAUCUGCUGGACAAUCAGGAUCCUUUCAUUGAACGCUGAAGAGAGACAAGCAGACAUCAAACUUAUAAGCUGAAGCCUUGCAAUUGUAUAUUCAACUUUGUUCAUUUUACGAUUUCAAUUGCUUUUACAGAAACGAGCCAAACCUCUAGAUUGAAGGAUUUAAAUGUAGGGCCUCGUGUCGUGUAGAAUAUUUUGCUUUCAUUAAAGUUCAUCUACAAUAAAGACUUUGGGGAUCUCACUUUUAAUCCACUUGGACAGGACAAACUGGUUUUCUGUAUCAGCACUUCCAUAUUUUUCCUGUGUAGGGUGCUUUUAUUUUUCCUUGCCAACCACCAUUU